AUGUCUCAACAGCCCGGCUCACCAUCAAGAGAGGACAAUAGUUCCAGCUCUCCAACGGUACCAAAUCCUGAUUCUGUUCCACCACAACCUUCUUCUCCAGCUUUGUUUUAUAACUCAUCUUCAUCGCAAGGUGAUACCUAUGGUCGCAACAAUAGCCAGAACCAAAGUCAAGGGGAUGGCAAUAUCAGAGCCGCUAUAGGUUCUUCGCCACUAAACUUUCCAUCUUCUUCCCAACGACAAACUUCCGACGUCUUCCAAUCUCAAAGGAGACAUGGAAGGGAUGGCUCUACUGCAGAUACUCCUGGGAGGUCUAGAUACCAUUCUGAUUUGAGAAGCGAUAGAGCUCUACCUAGUUCCUCCUCUUCCUUGGGCGGUAAUGGCCAAAAUCGCAUACAAAUGAGGAGAAAUGAUAUCCACACGUCUGAUCUAUCUUCUCCACGAAGAAUUGUUGAUUUUGACACUAGAUCUGGUAUUAAUACUAUGGCGUCUUCUUCCUCUUCUGCUCCGCCAUCAGAAGCCAGCGAGCCCUUGAGAAUAAUUUGGGGUACCAACGUCAGUAUACAGGAGUGUACAACUAAUUUCCGCAAUUUUUUGAUGUCUUUCAAAUAUAAGUUCCGUAAAAUAUUUGAUGAAAGGGAAGAAUUCAUAAACAAUACCAGCGACGAAGAGCUAUACUACAUCAAACAGCUCAAUGAGAUGAGAGACCUCGGCACCUCUAAUUUAAACCUGGAUGCUAGAAACCUACUCGCUUACAAGCAAACAGAAGAGUUGUACCAUCAAUUAUUGAAUUAUCCUCAAGAGGUCAUAUCUAUUAUGGAUCAAACUAUAAAAGACUGUAUGGUUUCCCUGGUAGUAGACAACCAUUUAGAUUAUGAUUUGGACGAAAUUGAAACUAAGUUUUAUAAAGUAAGACCUUAUAAUGUUGGUUCUUGCAAAGGUAUGCGUGAACUUAAUCCGAAUGAUAUCGAUAAGCUGAUUAAUUUAAAAGGCCUUGUCCUGAGAUCAACUCCUGUCAUUCCCGAUAUGAAAGUAGCGUUUUUCAAAUGUAAUGUUUGUGAUCACACAAUGGCAGUGGAAAUUGAUAGAGGUGUCAUACAAGAACCUGCUAGAUGUGAACGUAUUGACUGUAAUGAACCUAAUUCCAUGUCAUUGAUCCAUAACAGGUGUUCAUUCGCAGAUAAACAGGUCAUUAAGUUACAGGAAACACCAGAUUUUGUACCUGAUGGGCAAACACCUCACUCUAUCUCAUUAUGUGUGUAUGAUGAAUUGGUCGAUUCUUGUAGAGCGGGUGAUCGUAUCGAAGUAACCGGCACAUUCAGAUCCAUUCCUAUCAGAUCCAAUUCCAGGCAACGUGUCCUAAAAUCAUUGUAUAAAACAUAUGUUGAUGUGGUUCAUAUUAAAAAAGUUUCAGACAAAAGAUUGGAUGUUGACACAUCCACUAUUGAACAAGAACUAAUGCAAAACAAGCUAGAUCAUAACGAAUUUCAAGAAAUAAGACGAAUUACUGAUCAGGAUUUAGCUAGAAUUCGCGAAAUUUCCUCUAGAGAAGACUUGUACAGUUUGUUGGCGCGCUCUAUUGCUCCAAGUAUUUAUGAACUAGAAGACGUCAAGAAGGGUGUUUUGCUCCAACUUUUUGGUGGUACGAACAAGACUUUUACAAAGGGUGGCCGCUAUAGAGGUGAUAUAAAUAUUUUACUUUGCGGGGAUCCUUCUACUUCGAAAUCGCAAAUUUUGCAGUAUAUUCACAAAAUCACCCCCCGUGGUGUGUAUACUUCAGGGAAAGGGUCAUCUGCUGUUGGUUUAACGGCUUAUAUCACAAGAGACGUUGAUACAAAGCAGCUUGUUUUAGAAAGUGGUGCAUUAGUAUUGUCGGAUGGCGGUGUUUGUUGUAUUGACGAAUUUGAUAAAAUGAGUGAUUCUACGAGGUCUGUUCUGCAUGAAGUCAUGGAACAGCAAACGAUUUCUAUCGCAAAAGCGGGGAUUAUCACAACGCUUAACGCCAGAAGCUCCAUUCUAGCCAGUGCUAAUCCCAUUGGCUCACGUUACAAUCCGAACUUGCCUGUUACGGAAAAUAUUGAUUUGCCACCUCCAUUACUUUCGAGAUUUGAUCUGGUUUAUAUAGUUUUGGACAAAGUUGAUGAGAAAAACGACAGAGAACUAGCCAGGCAUUUGACAAACCUUUACUUGGAGGACAAACCCGAACACGUAUCCCUAGAUGAUGUGCUACCAGUUGAAUUUUUAACGAUGUAUAUUAGUUAUGCAAAGGAACAUAUACACCCAAUAAUCACCGAAGCUGCCAAGACGGAGCUUGUUCGUGCAUACGUAGGGAUGAGAAAAAUGGGUGAUGAUUCCAGGUCUGACGAGAAGAGAAUCACUGCCACAACAAGACAAUUAGAAAGUAUGAUUCGUCUAGCUGAAGCGCACGCCAAGAUGAAAUUGAAAAGCGUCGUCGAAUUGGAGGAUGUUCAGGAAGCUGUGAGAUUAAUCAGAUCGGCUAUAAAAGAUUAUGCAACAGAUCCAAAAACUGGUAAAAUUGACAUGAACUUGGUUCAAACGGGAAAAUCUGUCAUUCAGAGAAAGCUGCAAGAGGAUUUAUCAAGGGAAAUCAUGAAUGUUUUGAAGGACCAGGCAUCAGACUCGUUGACGUUUAAUGAGCUCAUGAAACAAAUUAAUGAACAUUCUCAAGAUAGGGUUGACUCUUCUGAUAUUCAAGAAGCUUUGUCAAGGCUGCAACAAGAAGACAAGGUUAUUGUUCUUGGUGAAGGUGUAAGGAGGUCUGUCCGUCUAAACAAUCGUGUCUGA